UUGGGAUACACAUCCAAGAGUACUGAAAGCCCUGAAAUCAUAAAUCAUACGGUCAAAUCUAAUGGGAAAUUUAGGGUCAGUUCUGGGGUAUGGGGAUACUUUUGUUUAUUCAAGGAAGCCUGGUUAGUGUAUGGCAGAGUUCGAGAGUUUUCUGUGUGUUUCUGAGUCAGUUGAAUUUGGGCUUAAGACCAGAGCGUUUGUUGUGUGGAAGGAGGUGCCAUCAGAAUUUCUGAUCGUCGGCCACAUUGUGGAGGCAUCUAGAGUGUUGUGUUUAUAGAAGGAAUCUAAAUGGGAUCCCAUUUUUGUUGGUGUAAGAAUUACGAUGAAGAAAGUUGAUGGAAAAGGGGAUAGAAGAUAGAAGUUUAAUAAGACGUAUGUUGCAUACUAGAACUAGUUGAAUAUUGAUGAAGAAAGUUGAUGGAAAAGGGGAUAGAAGAUAGAAGUUUAAUAAGACGUAUGAUGCAUACUAGAACUAGUUGAAUCUUGGCCAUCAGUUUCAUAAAGACAACUACAAAUAAAUUAUACAGAGAAACGCACUGACAGGAAGGAAGCAUUCAUAUCAUAGUAAACCUCAAAAAGUGUAGCAGUGAUGUGUACUGUGUAGUUCCGAUCGGGUAACUGGAAAGAACUGGACCUGAGAACUGAAUAUAUGUAUGACGUAUACAGCGGAGCACAGCAAGAACAUUUGCUUUUAACAUUUGACAUUCGAUCAUCAGGGAUAAUCUAGAUUAUAAUUUCUUAUUUGUUUUUAAAUGUGCAUGAGAUUAGAAUAGAAAUUAAAGCACGAAAAAUAAAUAGAUAAAUAAACUUUGUAAUCCUCUUUGCGGUAUUGUGAUUUGCAUAGACCCCAAAAUUUCAAGUCCUUUCCUUCUAUCUGAGGAACAUUGGUGGACUUUUGUUUACAUUCAAAGUUUAUAGUUAGUUGGCUCAACUAUACUAUCAAAAAUCUUUGACAAAACUGGUAGUACGGGUGGGGUUAUGCUAUUCGAUUAUCACAGAGAAAUACUGCAGUGAGGAAAUAAAAGCUUGUCUGUAAAUUCAAGAGAAAUUUUAUCUCUGUGUGCUGUGCUGUUAAUACCUGGGUUGUUAUCUCUAAGGGGACUUGCUACAGGUCAGUGUGAGGUCACAGGCACUGGUCAGGUCAGGCAAAGGGGAGAAACUGUUAAAAGGGGCCAGCAGGUUAUUAUAAGAGUUAACUUUCUUGUUAAAUCCCUUAUUCAUUGGGUUUGAUUUUCACCAUGUCUGAUUUGGAAAAUCUUUUUCAAAUGGGUGAAAAGUCCGGUUUGUCCGGGGAAACUUUGCUCUCCUUUAUAAGAGAAAGAGAGGAGGCAGAAAGGAAAGAAAGAGCUUAUGAGCGUGAAGAGAGAAAUAGAGAGAGAGAAUUUAAGAAAUUAGAAAUGGAGAGAGAAAUUGAGAUGGAAAGAUUACGUAGUGGGUCACAGAGGGGUGAUAGUCGUACUACUAGUGAGAGUGGUACUAAGGCUAAGUUGCCAAAGUUACCCAAUUUUGAUGACAAGCGUGAUAGCAUGGAUGCAUAUCUCAAAAGAUUUGAGCGAUUUGCAGAGAGUGCUGGAUGGAAGAAGGAAUGUUGGGGUGCAAAUUUGAGUGCACUGUUGCAGGGGCGUGCCCUGGAUGUGUAUUCGAGACUCACAGUUGCUGAGGCUAAUGAUUAUCAGAAACUUAAGGAUGCCCUGCUAAAAAGGUUCAAUCUCAACGAAGAUGGUUUCAGGGAAAAGUUUCGUAGUAGUAAAUGUGAAUCAGGGGAGACAGCGUCUCAAUUUGUAAUUCGAUUGGGAGAUUACUUAACCAAUUGGAUGUGCCAGGCUGGGUCUGACGAAACCUAUGAGGGUUUAAGAGAUUUGAUUUUACGUGAGCAAUACUUGAAUGGGUGCUCAAAGGGACUGCAAGUGUUCUUAAAGGAGCGUAAGUUUGCUUCAGUAACAGAGAUGGCCGAUUGUGCAGAUCGGUAUAUUGAGGCCCAUGAGGGCAAUGGCAAAACGGGGAAUGAAUCUAGAGAUGGUGUGAAAGGUAAGGCUUGCUUUGUUUGCAAUGGACCACAUUUACGUAGAGACUGCCCGAGGAUAAAUGGUCGGAACACCAUGGGCACAAACAACCAUAGGGGUGGUAACCUAUCAGGCCAGUAUUCAGGUAAUGGUUUCAAAAGCUGGGAACCAGCAAGAGGUGGAAGAAGACCUGAAGACAAGUAUGACCGAAAGGUAAGUAAAUCUAGUUUGUCGGCGUGUGGCCUAUCCCAAGGAAAGGUAAGUCUGUCAUGUGGUCACAAAUUACCUGUCAUGUCGGCAGCGUGUGAUGGACCUAUUCGGGAAAAUAUGCCGGAGUGCAUAGGAUGGGUCAACGGAAAACAAAUUCGUGUCUUGAGGGAUACUGGAUGUUCAUCAGUGGUGGUAAAGAGGUCUCUUGUACCAAACCACAGUUUUACUGGGAAAGUUCAGAAUUGUGUCUUACUUGAUGGAACAGUGAGACAAUUCCCCACGGCAAAAGUGUUUGUGGAAACACCUUAUUUUACAGGUAAGGUUAUUGCCAUGUGUGUUGAAAGUCCAGUAUACGACUUGAUAUUGGGGAAUAUUGACGGAAUCAGAGAUAUUGCAAUUGGAGAAUAUGCGACCAUAUCAGAAGAGAAGAAAGUGGAUGAAACGGUGAACGAACAGGCAGCAGUAGUCACCAGAGCUCAGGCUUCAAAAGAAAAGGUAAGCAAAAUCAAACCGUUAAAGGUGCCAACACAGAUCAAGGGGAUGAAUCCACAGAUGUUUCAAGAAGCACAGAAAAGUGACCCAACUCUUCAAGCUGCCCGGGAACAAGCAAUGUCGGAAGAGGUAAAGCAGUGUGGAAAACUGAAUACUUCUCGGUAUUAUGAACGCAAUGGAUUCUUGUACCGUGAAUUUACGUCUCCAAAACAUAACAAGGCAGAACCUGUUUGCCAGCUUGUUGUCCCUAAGGAAUUUCGAGAUGAAAUCAUGAAGAUAGCUCAUGAGAGUUUAUUAGGAGGACAUCUAGGAAUGCAGAAAACAUUGGAUAAAGUACUGUCACAAUUUCAUUGGUCUGGUGUAAUGUCAGAUGUGAAACGUUUCUGUACCUCCUGUGAUACCUGUCAGAGGAUGACAUCAAAAGGAAAAGUUUCCAAGGUUCCGUUGGGAGAAAUGCCAUUAAUAGAUACACCAUUUAAACGCGUGGCUGUUGAUCUGAUUGGACCUAUUACACCAGUUAGUGACAGAGGGAACCGGUACAUAUUAACGGUGGUUGACUACGCUACAAGAUAUCCGGAGGCGAUGGCAUUGAAGAACAUUGAGACAGAAACCGUUGCAGAGGCAUUAGUAGACAUUUUCACUCGAGUUGGAGUUCCACAAGAAAUGCUUAGUGACAUGGGAGCACAGUUUACAUCUGGACUCAUGAAGGAGAUAAGUAGGCUGUUGUCAAUGAAACAGUUAGUGACUACACCAUACCAUCCCCAGUGUAACGGGUUAGUGGAAAGAAUGAAUGGCACGCUGAAGUCCAUGAUAAAGCGUAUGUGUACAGAGCGACCCAAGGACUGGGACAAGUACAUUUCGCCAGCCUUGUUCGCAUACAGAGAAGCCCCACAGGCAAGCACAGGGUUUUCUCCAUUUGAACUGCUCUACGGGAGAACAGUAAGAGGACCAAUGCAAAUAUUAAGAGAGAUGUUGACACAGGAAACCCUUAGUGAAGAGGUAAAAACUGUUUAUGAAUACGUUUUGGACCUAAAGGAAAGGCUAGCAGAAACAAUGCAAUUUGCACAAGAAGAACUGAAGAAAUCUGCUGGAAAAUACAAGAAACACUUCGAUAAGAAAGCGAGGCAAAGAACAUUUUCAGUAGGAGAGCGAGCUCUAGUUCUGUUGCCAACAAACCGAAACAAAUUGCUCAUGCAGUGGCAAGGGCCAUAUGAAAUUGUAGAGAAAGUUGGUGAAUCAGACUACCGACUUGACGUCAAUGGUCAUGUGAAGACAUACCAUGCCAAUAUGUUGAAGAAAUAUGUGGAGAGAAUUGGCAAUGAGGCUGAAACUGGUCAGGCUGGAUUACUGAUAAAUAUCGCAGCGGCCAUUAUUGAAGACGACAAGGUACCAAGUGGUGAGAAGGACUGUUUAAGUGAGUAUGGUCGAUUUAAUGAAGAGAUACAAUGUCCUAUAAUAGAACAAUCAGAAUCUGUUGAAGAUGUCAAACUUGGUGAAAACCUAGAUGCCAAACAAUGCGAAUCUUUGCAAACAUUACUUCAAGACUUCCAAGACGUGUUAACUGACAUUCCUGGGAAAACCAAUUUGGUAGAACACCAUAUUAAAACAACUACAGAUGAUCCAAUUCGUUCAAGGCCAUAUCCUGUUCCACAUGCUGUGAAGGAGACCAUAAACAAAGAAGUUCAGGAGAUGUUAAGAAUGGGUGUCAUUGAACCAUCAGAUUCACCAUAUAGAUCACCAGUCGUUAUAGUGAAGAAACCAGAUGGCACUAAUAGAUUUUGUGUGGACUUUCGCAAGUUAAAUCAGGUCACAGUCUUUGAUGCUGAGCCAAUGCCAUGUCAGGAUGACAUUUUUGCACGCUUAUCCCACUGUCGUUACUUUUCGAGAAUUGAUUUGUCAAAGGGGUACUGGCAGAUUCCAGUUUCCGAGGAAAGCAAAAAGUAUACUAGCUUUGCAACUGACACCGGGCUAUGGCAGUUUCGAAGAAUGCCAUUUGGACUGGCAUGCGCACCCGCUGUCUUCAGCAGAAUGAUGAGAAUGUUGCUGAAAGACCUUAGUGGAGUGGAUAACUUUUUAGACGAUAUGUUCCUGUUCACCGAGACAUGGGAGGAGCAUCUUACGUUGAUUGCAGAAGUCUUAGGGCGCCUGCGAAAUGCUGGACUGACGGCAAAGCCUAGCAAGUGCAUGUUGGCUUGUGAGAGACUUGAUAUCUUAGGACACCAAGUAGGGCACGGAAAAGUGGAACCAAACCCACAGAAGGUUACAGCAAUAGCUCAAGCCGAAAGACCACGAACCAAGACUGAACUUCGAUCCUUCUUAGGGCUGGUAGGUUAUUAUCGUAAGUUCAUACCAAACUUUGCUGCUGUGGCUGUACCACUUACCGACCUCACCAAGAAAGGUAAACCCAAUACCUUGGUUUGGGAAUCACCUCAUGAAAGGGCAUUCAAGGAAUUGAAGGAACGAGUGACGAUGUCACCAAUUCUCCGAAUGGCAGAUUUAGGUAAGCCAUUUAUUCUACGUACAGACGCCUCUAAUGUAGGUUUAGGGGCAGUACUUCUGCAAGAACAUGAGGAUGGUAAGUUUCCGGUAGCAUAUGCAAGUCGUAAAUUGCUGCAAAGGGAAAGAAAUUAUUCGGUGGUUGAGAAAGAAUGCCUUGCAGUUGUGUGGGGAAUACAGAAAUUCCACACAUACUUAUAUGGUAAGAAGUUUCUGUUAGAAACAGACCACAUGCCACUGGUAUAUCUGAACAAGGCAAAGGAUUCUAAUGGCAGAAUCAUGCGUUGGGCUCUUGUUUUGCAGGCUUACCGGUUCACUGUUGUUGCUAUAAAGGGAACUGAAAAUGUCGGGGCUGAUUAUCUCAGUCGAAAAUCUGAAACAUGA